CUAGAGGUGGUGUACCAAAACGUCCAGGUCCCCCUACAAUACUUACGGCUGAAGAAGAAAAUGAGUUAGUUGGGUAUUGUCUGAAUAUGCAACAAAUUGGAUUUGGACUUACUAAAGAGGCAGUGAAUACAAUGGUUGUACAGAUUCUCAAAGAAAAAAAUAAAAACCAGUUAAACAUAAAAAGUCCUAGCGAUCAAUGGUGGAAACGAUUUAUGCGUGACCAUUCACAGUUGUCUUUUCGUGUUCCCCAAGAACUUUCAAAAGCACGUGCAGCUAAAUGUAACCCAGUUGUUAUUCAGGAUCAUUUUAGGAAACUCGAACAACUUAUCAAUAAAUAUUCACUCACAAGUGAUAGAAUUUGGAAUAUGGACGAGUCUGGUUUUAAUAUUUCUUCUCGGUUACAAAAAGUAUUGGCUCAAAAAGGUAGUCGACAAGUCCAUAAAACUGUAGCUGGGAGCUCAAAAGAGCACGUUUCCGUUUGCCCUACCAUUUCAGCAGCUGGAACAUAUAUUCCGCCCUUACUUAUUUACAAAGGCGUCAAUGUAAUUGAAGGUUUAUUAACAGGUGCAUCAGUUCCACCUGGUACUGUUGCUGCAUUUACUGAUACUGGUUAUAUGCACGAAGAUAUUUUUAGAAUGUACAUAGAGCACUUUAAUAAUUCAAUCCCACCUGCCCGUCCUGUUUUACUUAUGCUCGAUGGUGCCACAAGUCAUAUAGAUUUAACUAGUAUUAAAUAUUGUCAGGAUAAAAAUAUUCUUCUUUAC